AUGGGCGCCCUGUUGCUGCUUUGUGCUGUGGGGGCUUUACUCAGCUGUCCCUGUAAUGCUGGAUGGGCAGGGAGGGAGUUCGCUCUGUCAUUCAUGCAGAAUUACGCUGCACACUAUGACACUCCUCGCUUUCAGCUAUACAUCACCGCUGCUCAGGCCAACGCUAAAGUGACAGUGCAAGUGGCUCCUUUAAACUUCAGGCAAGAAAAAAAUCUAAAUGCCGGAGAAGGUUUCACCAUCAGCCUCCCUGCUGGCGUGGAGAUGUACGGCAGCAGGAAGUCCUCCAACACGGUGACCGUGGAAGCCUCCGCAGAUGUGACCGUAACCUCCUUCAACUACAAGCUGUACACGGCAGACACCUCGGUGGUGUAUCCCAUCUCUGAGUGGGGGACCGAAUACUUCAUCCUCACACCUUCUGGUACCCCCUACGGUACCUAUAAAGAGUUCUCCCUGACAAACGGUAGAGAGAGGAACAGGGUGGAGAUCUUCCCCCGCGGCUCCAUCAGGUUCCAGGGUCGUUUCUACCGGAGGGACAGCCGGAUGGUGGUCGACCUCCAGCCGUUUGAGAGCGUCCAGCUCCAGAGCGUGGAUGAACUUUCCGGCACCAGAGUGUCCUCGCAGCACCCUGUUGCCGUGGUCACAGGUCACACUUGCACUUGGCGUUUCUCCAAAUGUAACCACGUAUACGAGCAGCUGAUGCCAGUUAACAAGUGGGGGAGCAGCUUCAUCGUGCCUCCUCUGACCUUCCAGACCAGAUUUGACAGCGUCUUCAUCCAGGCCUCCCAGCCCACCAGAGCCACCGUCCAACAGGGCGACCGUGAAGAAGUGUUGACGUUGACCAGAGGUCAGAUCACAGAAAUCCACUACCGCAAUCCUGAAACGCUGUCCAUCCGGGCCGAUCACGGCGUCCAGGUCCUCCUGCUCUUCAACGGCGUCACGCUGAGCUGGUCCCAGUAUAAAGACCCGUUCUUGAUGACCAUCCUGCCCACCGAUCGCUUCUGCUCCUCUUACUCAUUCGAGGCUCUGGAAGGCUUUGAAAACAAAGUCAUGAUCGUGGCGAAGAACAGCGCGGCGCCAGAGCUGCGUCUGGACGGUACCAAUAUGCCCCGUGGUGUUGAGUGGAAGAAGGUAGCGGGGACGGAUUUCUCCUGGGCCGAGAUGUCCUACCAGCAGAACCCCGGCAAGAACAGACACACCUUGUCCAGCUCGGGCUCCCAGUUUGCUGUCUAUAGUAUCGGAGUCACCCAGAUGAAUGGUUAUGGUUCCCCAGCACAAUGUAUACAGCCAGGUAAUUCAGGUGGUGGUGGUGGUGGAUCAGGAGGUGGAUCUCUGUCGUGCAGUAGUAUCACCUGCAGUGCCAAUGAGGUGUGUGAAGUUAAGGGGGGGUUUCCCUCCUGUGUCCCCAAACCGGUGGAGAAGAAGCCUGGGACCUGCUGGGCCCAGGGAGACCCCCACUACCACUCCUUUGACGGCCGUCACUUUAACUUCAUGGGUACCUGCACGUACGUCAUCGCUAAGAACUGUGGGAAGGACGAUCACCUGCCGCCCUUUGAGGUCCUCGCCCAGAAUGAGAACAGGGGAAGCCUCAGGGUGUCCUAUGUUGCCGUGGUAACAGUGAAGGUGUAUGGCGUCACCAUCACAGUGGUCCGGUCUGAGACGGGCCGUGUGAGGAUUGACAACAGUCUGUGGAGUUUGCCUGUAUCCUUGAACAACGGUAAACUGACCCUGUUCCAGAGCGGUCGCUCUGUGGUGAUUGAGACAGAUUUUGGCCUGACGGUCCGUUACGACUGGGAACAUUAUCUGGUUGUCACUCUGUCGGGCAGUUAUGCCGGUAAGACCUGUGGUCUCUGUGGCAACUUCAACGGCAACCCCAACGAUGAUUUCACCACACCCUCGGGCACCCAGGCGGGCGGGGCCGUGGCCUUCGGGAGCAGCUGGAAGGUCCCGGGGCUGGUGGAGGACCCGCUGUGCAAAGACGAGUGUGUGGGCGGGUGUGAGCGCUGUGAGGACAGCCUGAUGAAGAGGUGGGAGGGGGACUUGUUUUGUGGGCUCAUCACAAUGAUAAUUAACGGGCCGUUCAGCAAAUGUCAUGCCGUCAUCGACCCACAAGCGUACCUGGAGAACUGUAAAUAUGACGUCUGCAUGGGAGGAGGCCUCCGACACUUCCUCUGCAGGGCGCUGGAGGCUUACACUGAAGCCUGCCAGGCUGCAGGCAUCCAGGUUCAUGACUGGAGGAAAAUGGCAAAAUGCCCUGCUAAAUGUCCAGCAAACAGCCACUAUGAGCUGUGUGGUAAUGCCUGUCCUGCCACCUGCUCUGACCCCGAUGCUCCCUCCAAAUGCAAACGCACCUGUGUGGAGACCUGCACCUGUAACGCCGGCUUCGUUCUGAGCGGAGGUCGCUGCGAGCCCGUCGCUAAGUGUGGCUGCGUCUACGAGGGUCGCAGCGUCCCUGCCGGGGAAUCCUUCUGGGCCGACCAGGGCUGCAGGCGGAGGUGUAAAUGUGUCUCUGGGAGCCGGCGGGUGGAGUGCCAGGAUAAAGGCUGCGGUGCAGGGCAGCAGUGUAAGGUGGUGGAGGGCAUCAGGAAGUGCCAGGCGGUGUCCCACAGCACCUGCCAGGCCACAGGUGACCCCCACUACAUGACCUUUGACAAGAAGAAGUUUAACUUCCAGGGCACAUGUGUGUACCAGCUGGCUGCUCUGUGCUCCAAGGACCCGGAGCUGGUGCCCUUUGAAGUGCUGGUGCAGAACGACUACCGGGGCAGCAAGGUGGUGUCUUACACCAAGCUGGUGGAGGUCAAAGUUCACGGCCUCAGCAUCGUCAUUACCAAGACACACAAGGGCCUGAUUAUGGUGAAUAAUGAGCUGCUCAACCUGCCCGUCACCCUGGAUGAAGGUCAGGUGUCUGUGCGUAAGAGUGGCUGGUCAGCCGUCGUCACGACAACCUUUGGCCUCAAAGUGUCUUUCAACUGGAACAGCGCUGUGUAUGUGACGCUACCAAGCAACUACAUGGGAGCCGUCUGUGGCCUCUGUGGCAAUUACAACGGCAAAGCGCAGGACGACCUGAUUCCAAAGAACGGUGAUAAACCCGUCUCGCCAGAAAAGUUUGGCGUCAGCUGGCGAGUGGCAGAGAUCCCAGGGUGUGUCGAAGGCUGUAAAGGGGUGUGUCCUGAUUGUGAUAUUACCCAGAAGGUUCAAUAUGAAAAGAAUGAUUUCUGUGGAAUAAUUAGAGACCCCAAAGGGCCGUUCCGUGACUGCCACGCCAAGGUGGACCCAGCUGGCUUCUUUGAAGACUGUGUUUAUGACGUUUGCUUGUAUAAAGGCAGGAAGGACGUGCUGUGUGAGGCUAUUACAUCAUACACAUCUGCCUGCCAGGCCGAGGGCGCCAAGGUGCACAGCUGGAGGAGCAGCCACUUCUGUGCUGUGAAGUGUUCGGUCCACAGCCACUAUGACAUUUGUGCCACCAGCUGUCCGGCCACUUGCCAGACUCUGAGCCCUCCUGCAGGCUGCCGGGCUCAGUGUGACGAGGGCUGCGCCUGUGACGAAGGCUUCAUCCUCAGCGGAGAUCACUGCGUUCCCUUCUCGCAGUGCGGCUGCGUCCACAACGACCGCUACUACCGCGUCGGCCAAGUGUUUUACCCCAACGGGCAAUGCCAGGAGGAGUGCAAGUGUGCACAAGAUGGAGAGGUUGUGUGCAAGAAGUUCACCUGCGGCCCUAAUGAGAAGUGUAAAGUGGAGGACGGCGUCCAGAAAUGCCAUCCUGUUGGUAAAGGGGUGUGCCACGCCGCUGGUGACCCCCAUUACCGCUCUUUUGAUGGCCGCAGAUUUGAUUUCCAGGGCACUUGCACUUACACGCUCUCCAAAAGCUGUGGGCUGGAGGGCAGCCACCUGGUGGCCUUCUCAGUCCAGGUGGAGAAUGUGAAGUGGGACCGCAUGAUGAACAACAAAGUGGUUUCUGUCACCAAGCUGGUGGCUGUGGAGGUCUACGGCUACACCCUCAUCCUGAGGAACAACAUGUUUGGAGUCCUGGUAAACGGAGUAUUUAACUACCUUCCUGUGAAUCUCAACGAUGGAGAAGUGGAGGUCUUUCAAGAAGGCCUUCAUUAUGUUAUUAGAACAAAUUUCGGGCUGAGAGUCACUUAUGACCUCGUCUACCAUGUGACAGUCACAGUACCCGGUAAUUACCGCGGUAAGGUCUGUGGCCUGUGUGGCAAUUUCAACGGCGACCAAAAAGAUGACUUCCAAAUGCCGAACCGUCAGCUCUCCAACAACGUGAAUGUGUUUGGGAAAUCGUGGAAGGUCACCAUCCCUAACGUGGUGUGUGAGAACGGCUGCGAGGGGAAUAACUGUCCCAUAUGUGACCCGGCUCACAAGGCCGUGUUCUCAAAGUCCACUUACUGCGGCGUCGCUACAGACCCCAGCGGUCCCUUUGCAGCCUGUCACAGUAUUCUGAACCCACAGCCGUACUUUGCUGACUGUGUGUUUGAUGUGUGCGCCUCCAACGGAGACGGGAAGGUUCUCUGUAGCAGCUUAGCAGCCUACGCCUUCAACUGCCACAUGGCUGGAGUGGACGUCAAGAACUGGAGGACGGCUUCAUUCUGUCCCAUGAAAUGUCCAGCCCACAGCCACUAUGAGGUGUGUGCAGACGCCUGCUCUGCAUCGUGUGCAGGCCUCACAGAGAUCGUCCAGUGCUCCACCAGCUGCACUGAAGGCUGUGAAUGUGAUGCCGGUUUCCUAUUCAACGGACAUUCAUGUGUUCAAGAGACUGAGUGUGGCUGCUAUGACAAUGGAAGAACAUACAAGCCUGGUGAGGUGGUGUAUGAGGAUGACUGCAACACAAAGUGCACCUGCAGCCCAGAGAGAGGCCUCACCUGUGAAAAGCAUUCCUGCCCUAAAAGCACAAAAUGCAUGGUGAAGAAAGGAAUCAGGGCAUGCUACAACACAGAUCCCUGUAAAGACGCCAAGUGUCGGGUCAAAGAGAAGUGCCGUGUGGAGAAGGGCGAAGCUGUGUGCGUCCCCGACUACACGGGCAAAUGUUGGGCCUGGGGCGACCCCCACUACCACACCUUUGAUGGUUACAACUUUAACUUCCAGGGAACCUGCAAGUACGUCAUCUCCAAGACCUGUGGGGACCUGGAUGGUCUUGUGCCGUUCUCAGUCUCUGAGAGAAACGAUAACCGUGGAAACACCGCCGUCUCUUACGUCAGGGAGGUGGACGUGUCCGUGUUCGGGUACACCAUCACCAUCCGCAAGAACCAAGUCGGUCGAAUCACGGUUGACGGACAGCUGUUGAACCUGCCUGUACACCUGGUGGAGGAUGGAGGUGAAGGUGUGGUGUCCCUGUUCCAGCGAGGUCACACUGCAGUGGUGGAGACCAGCUUCGGUCUGGUGGUCUCCUACGACUGGAACUGGGAGUUCAUCAUCUGGCUGCCCAGCAGCUACUACGGGAAAGUCUGCGGUUUGUGCGGCAACUUCAACGGUAACAACCGCGAUGAGCUCCAGAAUCCGGCCGGCCAAGCCGUCUCGUCAGUCAUCGAUUGGGGCAAAAGCUGGCAAACACCGGACCAAGAUAAAGACCAUCCUUGUUGGGACUCAUGCAAGAAAAACUGUCCCACCUGUGACGGGAACCAGCGCAAACUCUAUGAGACGGAGGCUUUCUGCGGAGGCCUCACAGCCAAAGCUAAUAAUGUCUUCAAGAAGUGCCAUGAAAAGCUGGACCCCCAGGCCUUCAUGGACAACUGUGUGUAUGAUAUGUGUUUGAAUAAGGGGGACAAGAAGAUGCUGUGCCAGGCGUUGGCCUCUUACAGCCAGCAGUGUCGUGAGGAAGGAAUCAUAAUCAAAGGCUGGAGGAAAAAGUUUGGCUGCCCAAUGAGCUGUCAGCGCCACAGCCACUAUGAUGAGUGUGCCCCGGCGUGCCAGCCGUCCUGCCCGUUCCCGGAGCAGAAGAAGAGCUGCAGCAGCAGGACCUGUGUGGAGACCUGUGUGUGUGAUCGAGGUUACGUCCUCAGCGCCGGCGUCUGCGUCCCUGCAAAAACAUGUGGCUGCUCCUAUCAGGGCCGCUACUACAAGCCAGGCGAGCACUUCUGGGCUGAUGAGAGCUGCGGUCGCCUAUGCGAGUGUGAUACGACCCUGGGCAUGGUGACCUGCCGCCAGGCUUCCUGCUCCGCCAAGGAGGCGUGCAGCGUGGUGGACGGGGAGCGCGCCUGCCGACCCAUCAGUCACGCCACGUGCACGGCCUCAGGUGACCCGCACUACCGCAGUUUUGAUGGCCGCAGGUUUGACUUCCAGGGCACAUGUGUGUAUCAGCUGGUGGGACUGUGCUCGCGGCAGCCCGGGCUCGUGCCGUUCAAGGUGACCGUGCAGAACGACCACCGGGGAAGCAAAGCCGUGUCCUACACAAGGACCGUCACCUUCUCCAUAUACGACAUCACCCUCACCAUCAGCAGAGAAUACCCCUACAAGGUCCUGCUCAAUGGGCAGCUCGCUUCGUUACCGCUGGAUUACAAUAAUGAGCUGAGCGUGUUUCUCAGCGGCUGGACGGCCGUGGUGGAGACAGUCGCUGGUAUCACCGUGACCUUUGACUGGCGGAGCGUGGUGAGCGUUACUCUGCCCAGCAACUACCAGGACGCCGUCUGCGGCCUGUGCGGCAACUACAACGGCAAAGCUGGAGAUGACCUGACCAUGCGGAACGGCCAGAUCGCCACAAAUGGAGAGAAGCUGGGGGAGAGCUGGCAGGUGGGUCUGGUUCCAGGCUGCUCAUCAGUCUGCCAGGGGGCAUGGUGCCAGGCCUGCUCAGACUCCCAGAGGAAAGAGUACCAAGCCCAGAAGUACUGUGGCAUUAUCGCUGACAGAGCAGGGCCUUUCAGAGAGUGCCACAGCCGUGUGGACCCCGCUCCGUACCUGGAGAACUGUGUGUAUGAUGCCUGUCAUUACCAUGGCCACCAUGGAUCAGUGUGUGAUGCUGUGGGAGUCUACGUCUCCGCCUGUCAGAGCGAAGGAAUCGUCAUCCGCUCGUGGAGAACAGACACAUUCUGUCCGAUGGUGUGUCCAGCAAACAGCCAUUACACCCUGUGUGCCACGGGUUGUCCAGCCACCUGUGCAAGCUUAACCUCCUUCACCACCUGCCGCAGGAGCUGUGCAGAGGGCUGCGAGUGUGACGAAGGCUUCCUGCUGAGCGGAGAUACCUGCGUGCCAGUGAGAGACUGUGGCUGCUCCUAUGACGGACGCUACUACAGGAGAGGAGACGUGUUCUACCCUGAAACUGAAUGCAUGGAGCAGUGCGUCUGUGGAGAGACCGGUGCCGUGUCCUGCCAAAAGGCAAAGUGCCGUGCAGGGGAGAUCUGUAAGCUUGUAAACGGUGUGAAAGGCUGCCACCCUGAGGGCCAGGGCAAGUGUGUGGCUUCUGGUGAUCCUCAUUACAUUUCCUUUGAUGGACGGAGGUUUGAUUUCCAGGGUACCUGUGUCUACGUGUUGGCCAAGGUUUGUAAUGAUGACAAUGGCCAGCUGACGCCAUUCACUGUAACUCAGGGGAAUGAAAAGUAUGGAAAUGGAAAAGUGGCUGUUACCAAGUCUGUUGCAGUGGCGGUCUACGGCUAUGUCAUUUACAUCCAGCAGAAAGUGCCGUGGAAAGUCAUUGUGGAUGAUGAAAUGCUGAACCUUCCUCUCUCCCUCGACAACGGGCGUCUCCGAGUCACUCAGGAAGGUCGUAACGUGGUCGUCCGCACAGACUUUGGCCUGACGGUCCUGUACGACACGGUGUAUUACGUGGAGGUGAUCGUGCCGUCUACGUACCAAGGGAAAAUGUGCGGCCUGUGCGGCAACUACAACAAGAAAAGUGGCGAUGACUUCAUACUCCCCGGUGGCAGAAAAACAAACAACGUGGAUGAGUUCGGGAAGGCGUGGGUGGUGGACAUGCCCGGUAACGUGUGUGGAGGCUGUGGAGGCCAGUGUCCAGUAUGUGAGCAGGUCAAGGCCACUUUGUACGGAAAAGCUGACUCCUGUGGCAUCAUGAGUGCACCGAAUGGGCCUUUCAAAGCCUGCCACAGUAAAAUCGACCCGGCAGCAUAUGUGUCUCAUUGCGUGUUUGAUGUUUGUGCUGUCGGUGGCAACAAGGACACUCUGUGUGACAGCGUCCAGGCUUAUGCUUUAGCCUGCCAGAGUGAAGGAGUAAACAUUCAGCCAUGGAGGAGCAAAUCCUUCUGCCCUGCUUCCUGCCCUGAACACAGCCACUACGAGGUGUGUGCCGACACCUGUGGUGGGACCUGUGCCAGCUUUAUUUACCCAUUCACUUGUUCUGAAAGCUGUUUUGAAGGAUGCCAGUGUGAUGCCAGCUUUGUUUUCGAUGGCGUCCAAUGUGUUCCCUUGGACAACUGUGGCUGUGUGCACGAUGGCAGAUAUCUGACGGUGGGCGAAGCAGUGGUGGACAAAGCCUGCACGUCCAAGUGUGUGUGCCACGCCUCCGGCCUGGUGAAGUGUGAGAAGCUGUCUUGUGCCAACGGCGAGGUUUGUGGCGUCAGAGAUGGCGUCAGAGGUUGCCACGCCAAGCGGGGCCAGUGUGGCGUCAGCCAUGUCGGCCUCCUCACCUCCUUCGAUGGCAUGUCCGGAGCAAUAGGAGCUAAAGGGGCGUUUGAAGUGGCGUCUCUGUGCGAUGAGGCUGCCAGGCUCUGGUUCAGAGUGGUUGUGGAUGUCAGAGUCUGCAGCAGAGGAGCUUCUCCAUCUGUUGCCACUGUUUAUGUGUUCUUCAAGGAAACUGUUGUGGCAGUAAACAGCCAACAUGUGACCUGGGUGAACGGCAGGAAAGUGUCUCUUCCCAGCAAAGUGACGGGUGAAAUAUCGGUCCAAGUCUCAGAGAGGACCGUGAUCAUCGAGAGGACGUCUGCUGUGCGGGUCACCUACUCAAUCUCUCAGGAGGUCACCGUCAUUAUCGACAGCAGCCUGUCCGGUAAGAUGUGCGGCGCCUGUGGCAACUACAACAACAACUCCAAAGACGACAUGAGGACCGCAGAUGGGAAAAUCACCACUGAUGUAACGGUGGUUGUUGGCUCCUGGAGCGCCGGGGACUUCUCUACAUGUGGCCUGUAGAGAUGUUGGUCCUGCGCUGAUAGAAAGCAUCUGGUAACCAGGAUGAAGAAUGUGAAGUCUUUGGGCGAAGGGUUCUUGUUUACAGCCAGUUUUAUUCAUCAUACUUCAAUACUUCCUCUUAAUUCAUGAAAUGUUUUUGGUUGUUUACUGGCCGUCUGUUCCUCUAUUGUUCACUUUGGUGUGGGAAAAACAAUCGAGCCAGUCUUGACCAACAUCUCCAUCUAGUGGAGGAAAUUAUAUCAGAACAACCAAGAGCCUAUACCUGUCCUAUUAUACUGUACUCACAUAGUUUAAAAAUGUAUGUUUAAAUAUAAAUGUACUCCUUACUGUUCUAACUAAUAAAUACUUUUUCAUUACAAUGCGCAAGUUGUUUGUGAUUCCAAGUGAGUUUGCCUUUUAUAAGACCUGUAGACCAGUAGUUCUCAACCUUUUUG